UGUAGCGGUACAUGUAUCGGGCUCGCUUCAUAUCAACCACCAGAAGUCAUUCUCUUUGUGCAUGUCGACGCGGUGAGUCGGGUUUGGGGAUGGGUGUUAUUAGGAUUGACAGCAGAGACGACUAACGUUUGAAAAAAUGUCCAACAUCCUCGAUGCGGCGUCCAAAAUCAAAUGGGACCGCACGGCUGCGGCGAAGCGAGCCGUGUUUCUUGCGGCUGCUGCUUACGGUAUCAAAACACUGUACCCCAUAAUCUGCAAGCAGCUCAGCAAAAACAAAGAUCCGAGGAAUCAUCGCCGGGUUUCAAAGGCGGAAAACGGCUCCACCUGUCUGGUAAAGACACAGACCUGUGCUGCGAAUCACAAGAAGACAUCUCCUGGGUUAAAUGCGGAAUUUUUCAAGCAGAUCCUCGCACUUGGUAAAAUCCUCUUCCCCAAGCUAGUGUCCAAAGAGCUCGGUUUGCUCUCCUUGCACUCGGUGGCGCUGAUAUCCAGGACGUUUCUGUCUAUUUACGUGGCCAGCUUGGACGGAAAGAUUGUCAAAACGAUAGUGGAGAAGGAGCCCAAGAGCUUCAUCAUCCAGCUGAUGAAAUGGCUCCUCAUUGCCAUCCCGGCCACGUUCGUCAACAGCGCCAUUCGGUACCUGGAGUGCAAGCUGGCUCUGGCCUUCCGCACCCGCCUGGUGAACCAUGCCUACCGGACCUACUUCACCGAUCAGACCUACUACCGAGUCAGCAACAUGGACGGGAGGCUCGCCAACCCGGACCAGUCUCUCACCGAGGACGUAAUGAUGUUUUCCCAGUCGGUGGCCCACCUCUAUUCUAACCUCACCAAGCCAAUACUGGACGUGAUGCUGACUUCCUACACGCUGAUACAGACCGCCAGGUCCAGGGGGGCCAACGCCAGUGGGCCUACCCUGCUGGCCGGCCUGGUGGUCUUUGUCACGGCUAAAGUCCUGCGUGCCUGCUCGCCCAAAUUCGGCAAGCUUGUGGCCGAGGAGGCUCACAGGAAAGGCUACCUGCGCUAUGUACAUUCCAGGAUCAUUGCAAAUGCUGAGGAAAUAGCUUUCUACAGGGGACACAAGGUGGAGAUGCGUCAGCUGCAGAAGUGCUACCAGGCUCUGGCGGACCAGAUGAACCUGAUCCUGUCCAAGCGUCUCUGGUACAUCAUGGUCGAGCAGUUCCUCAUGAAGUACGUGUGGAGCUGCAGCGGGCUCGUCAUGGUGGCCGUGCCCAUCAUCACAGCAACCGGCUUCGCUGACAACAAAACAGCAGACGGGCGCACGCAUGUGAUGGUAAGCGAGAGGACGGAGGCUUUCACCACCGCCCGUAACCUCUUAGCCUCAGGAGCCGACGCCAUCGAAAGGAUCAUGUCCUCCUACAAAGAGAUCACAGAGCUGGCAGGCUACACUGCACGGGUCCACAACAUGUUUGUGGUGUUUGAGGACGUCCAGAAGGGUGUUUACAAGCGCUCCUCUCUGUCAGCCACAACAGGAGCAGAGAAGAAGAGCAAGCCUGAGAUGCACAUAGAUGGACCACUGGAGAUAAAGGGUGAAGUGAUAGAUGUGGACAACGGCAUCGUGUGUGAGAAUGUCCCAAUUAUUACGCCGAAUGGGGAUGUCGUAGUGUCUUGCCUGAACCUCAAGGUGGAAGAGGGCAUGCACCUAUUGAUCACGGGGCCUAACGGCUGUGGGAAAAGCUCUCUGUUCAGGAUCCUCAGCGGCUUGUGGCCUGUCUACGGCGGCCGCCUACACAAACCCUCUCCUCAACACAUGUUCUACAUCCCUCAGAGGCCAUACAUGUCCAUGGGUUCACUGCGGGACCAAGUGAUCUACCCGGACUCGGUGGAGGACAUGGCGGCCAGAGGCCUCAGUGACAAGGACAUAGACUCCAUCUUGGACAUAGUCAACCUCAAUCAUAUUGUCACCAGAGAGGGAGGCUGGGAUGCUGAGCUGGACUGGAAGGACGUGCUGUCAGGAGGCGAGAAGCAGAGGAUGGGCAUGGCUCGGAUGUUCUACCACAAGCCUAAAUAUGCGCUGUUGGAUGAGUGCACCAGCGCUGUGAGCAUCGACGUGGAGGGGAAGAUUUUCCAGGCUGCUAAGGAUGCUGGCAUCUCUCUGCUCUCCAUCACACACCGACCCUCCCUGUGGAAGUACCACACCCACCUGCUGCAGUUCGACGGCGAGGGAGGCUGGCGCUUCGAGCAUCUGGACACGGCGACGCGCCUCUCCCUCACCGAGGAGAAACAGCGGCUGGAGGGCCAGCUCGCCGGCAUUCCCGAGAUGCAGCAUCGCCUCAACGAGCUCUGCAAGAUCCUGGGAGACGACUCUGUACUCAAAACAGCCGAGGAGUGAGAGAGAGAGAGAGAGAGAGGGGGGGGAAGAGAAGAAGUGGGGGAGGAGGAGAAGAGUGUGGGAGACGAAGAGGCAAUGAAAGAAUGAGAAAUCUGUAGGGGUUUGUUAGUGUGUAGUUUUUUUCAGGCUUAGUUUUUGUCGUUGCUGCUUGUUUUUGCUCCGAGCCUCUCCCGUUAAAGCAAGAGAGCUCUUAAUGCCAGCCAGUCUUUCAGCUCUCCUUUCUCCACUCCCUCUUCUUUUAAUCUCUCCUUCGCCCCACUCCAACCCGAGAAGUGGAGGGGGGGAGGAGAGUGAAUUCACAAGUAUUAUCCCCCCCCCCCCUUCUUACGCACAUUGACUGCAUUGUAGAUUUGGAAUGUUUGGUUUUAGCGUACAUCAUUCUCAAAAUCAAUUUGCCACCGGCCAAAGUGGCAAAACGGAUCAAAUCCAAAUUAACCAAGAUAAUUUAUAUGUUUUAUAGCACUUUACUCUGCUUUUAGAGGGCUGUUUCUGUUUGUUGUGAAACAAGGUGAUAGCUGCAUUUUAGCUGGAAAACUUUUAAUAUAGAACCACUUAAAAACAUGUCCGAAGCAGUAUUCCACGCCCAGUAUACUGGGUUGUGCAGGAUCCACAUUUGUCAUACUUCAGCAGCAGUAGAUUUGAGCUUUUACUUGACUUAAUGUGACCUCCUUAGUUGCCAGAGGUCAAAAUAGACUAUUUUUCAAGCUAUCACAAUAUGCCUUUGUUUGAUUUUGUGUAUCUAGCCGCAGUACAAUCCCUUUCCUUAUACCUCAUCUUAGCCCUUGUUAGGACUCCUUGAACCACUAAUAUAGGCUCCGUUGCAGACAGCAAAGAAAAAGAGCCCAUCUGGGGCUAUAAUUAGAUGAUUAGUGAUGCACGUCUGACUCCAGAACUAUUAGGUUUCUGGUUUAUUGAACAAAUACAAUGAGCUAAAGAGGCCCUCUGCAAAAAGAAGAGAAAGCAGAAAGCAAGCUGACCCUGGUAGUCUGGUCUAUGAAAAGUCUCAUAUAUAUACUGUAAAAGGAUGGACAGGUAGACAUUCAGACUAACUGUCAGAUACACAUACACACACUGGCCACCUGUUCAACAAAUUUGGUUAUCUGUAUGCCUGCUGGGAAUCUGCUUUGUCAGCAGUUCUCUGUGGCUCCUUCUGAGCCUGUUUAGAUGCAAAUAAUCGCAUGAUGGCACUGGACAAUGGGCUACAAUACAUUAUUCUAAUUUACUUAUCCCUCGUGUUGUCUUCCCAUCGACCUGCAACUUUGUUUUUCUGAGUCAAACUUUUAAAUGAAAAACCUUUUAUCAACGUUUUGGUCGUCUUUUUUGACAAUUUUGUGGCUUCCCCCGGUGUUUUUGUCACUUUUUUCAACGUUUGUCGACCUUUUCUGAGCCUUUGAAG